AAAAUCCUAUUUACUUUGGAACGCACCCAAUAUAUGGUAAUCACACUAUCACUAUCGACUUCAAAUAUUCUGAAUCAUACCAAAAAUAUAUGCAGUUGUUUGAGUUUAUUUUUUCAAAUUACGUUUAAAAAAAUUGUAAUUUAGAAAAAAUUUAAAAUUUUUCAAUUUCUGUUGUCAUAACUUAUAUUCGUAGUUAAUUGUAUUAAUUCAACGCAAUAAUGGCAAUGAGCUGUCCGUUGAAUAACGAUUAUAUUUGUUUUACUAUUGAUAACAACCUGAACUGGUUAAGUCUGGAGGAGAUUGCGAAAACCUUGAGAAUCGUAGUCAAUAAAGCAAUUCAUACAGCGGCUGAGUUGAUCCUAAGUGAUGUGAAAGGCGAAUUCUACUAUCCUGAUCCUAAACUUGAACCUCAGACAAGAACCUUAAUUCCUGAUUUUCUGCAAUUCGAUGCCGAAUACAAAGAGAAGCAUGUGAAUUGGAUUAAUAUACAGGACUUUUCCGUGAAUGAAAUAUUCAGUCAAGUGCGUGACUAUAUAAAUUUGUGGCAUUUAUCGGAUUGCACGAAAUAUACACUCGGCAUAAACGACAAAUCAAAUGUAAUACCGGGGAAAGGCUCCAAGUAUUUUCUGGAUGCUAUUUUUUCGAAGCCCACGCCGAUUUGUCCCAAUCCUUUGGCUGUUGCAAAAGUUCUCUUUACCGUUACAGUGCCCGAACUCUUGCCAAAAUACUAUCCAGUUAAGGUGAUAUAUCGGUUUGAAAGCUAUCGUACACUUUACCAUGCGUUUGGACGCUAUGAGGUGCACAGCAAGGAUUUUCAGAGGUACUUCAUAGAUUCGAUCCUCCAAAAGAAAUUGGUAUUUUAUGCAAAAAUAUUUGAAUGCCGUCAUCCGCAAAUUAAAUUAAAGGAAGAUGAAAAUGACGAAGAGGAAGCAGAAGCAGAAGAAGACUACAAAACUCGGAAAUAUGAAGCAGAUAAAAGUGGUCAAAUAACCGCCGUAAAUAGUUCGGAAGAAUAAGGAAUUCGAAUGAUUUGGCGAUAUUACAAAAACAAACAAUAAAUUAUAUAAAUGAUUAAUUCUUAUUCAAGGGUUCAAUUGAAGUUUUCUUUGCAGAAUCUCCUCAAAUUUUGUUAUAAAGGGUGGUUAAAUUUCAAGGGCCGAUGUUGAAUGGGAACCACACCUAAAUGUAAAGUUUUUUUCUGCAUUUCAUUUGACAUUUUUUAAUUUCAGACUAACUCAAUUUGAACCAUGGAAAGAUACACAAUCGAGCAACGCGUUAAAAUUAUUCAGGCUUAUUAUGAAAACGGGCAACAGUAAAUGACCAAUUUUCGAAGAAAAUCAUCUUCAGUGAUGAGGCACCUUUUCACCUCAGUGGAUUCGUCAAUAAGCAGAAUUGCCGCAUUUGGACGAACGAUAAUCCAAGAAUGAUUGCCGAAAAACCAAUGCACCCACAA